UCGGGCACCCGUCCCCGUCCCGUGGACACCGUCUCCCCCGCGUCUCCUCGUCUCGCCAGAAAGCCGCCGCCACCCCGCGUCUCCUCCUCCGCCGCCGCUCCCCGUCUCCUCCUCCUCCGCCGCCCCCCCGUCUCCUCCUCCGCUCCGUCGAACGCCGCCGCCGCAGUCGCUCGCUCCUCCGCCAUCGCCCUCUGCCAUCGCCCUCCCUCCUGCUCGUCUCCGACGACCUGUCGCGCCUCCGCCCUCCCUGCCAUGCUAGGUUCUUGCAGAUCUUACGGCGGCGCGGUUCCUACGGCCAAUGACGACCUGACGCAGUUCGUACGGCGGCGGACUUGCCCGACUCGGACUCCCCUGCCACCUCCACCUCCCCAUCAGCCAUCAGCCUUGACGGCACUGUCCGGAUUUUUAAAUGUGGACAACUUUGAUGACUCGUGUGUUCUCGACCAUAACAACAGGACAGGCAGAUGGCUGUCCACAUUCAAGGCAAUCUGGAGCUGGAGCGACAGCAACCUAUUUGUUGGGAACAUGAAAAGAGUAAUAGAUGUUAUCUCAGUUGAUCGCAGUGAGAAGAGCCUCUCGACUUCAUACACGGCAUCUCUUGAGAGUGAACACAUGACAGCCAUCCCGUGCCGGUUUUUGCUGCACCCCUACAAAGUUGGCCACCUGGCUGGUGCAAGCUCCAGUGGUAAGGUGUUUCUCUGGACCAGAGUUUAAAGGCUCCGGUGAUAAGGUGUUUCCCUGGACCAGAGCAUGAAGCAACAAGAUCUUCACCGACUCACCUGUGAAAUCCUGCUAUGCCCAAGUUCCUAACCGGGAAGAUCCUCAUCUCGUGGUUGAGUACAACACCUGUUGCUUGCUUAGCAUCAUACUGCUAUCAAAAUGUAUAAUAGUUAGCACCGGAGAACCAUUUGGUAUUGUAAUAUAUGCGAUGGAACUGAUGCCUUAUCUAAUUAUUACACCCACCCAUUUAUCACCAUCUGUGCUGCUUGAAUGCGUUUGAACAAGGAUACGUUUAUUUGAACAAGGAUGUUUAUUUCUGAUUUUUCUUUAA